UCUUCUCUGGUUCACAACACCUUCAUGCCUGCAGAGAGACGUAGACGAACGUUUGGACGGCAGCAUUUGAAAUAGCUUUUUCUUCUUCUGCAUGUCAUCAUGCGCUGGUUACUGGCUGGAUGCUGUGGACUUGCUUUGAUCAGUAUCUCAGUGGCCUCAGACUCUGCUCAACUGAUCAUCCAGAAGCCCCGGUUCUAUGGUGUGCCAGUCGGACGCGACUUGGGCAUUUACUGUAUGCCCACCUUUGGGACUGAUCAGCUAGUCAGCGUAGAGUGGUACAAGGCUGAUAAGUAUGACGCGCGUGAAGAAGACAGAAAAGUGUUAAUGACAGAAAACAAUAAGGCUCACUAUAGUAACACCACUCUGAAGGAAAUUGCCACCCUCCAAAUCCAUAAGGUGAAAAUAAAGGACAGCGGAGUGUACUUCUGCAAGAUGAACAAUGACUGGGGACCUGGGACUGCGGUUCAAGUUGUCAGACCCUUUAAUGAGAAAGAGGCUCUCCACAGGACCAGGAUGAAGGAUGGGCUCAUCAUUCUCCAGGGCCUGGUGUUGGCUGUGUGUGUUGCUGCUCUACUGCUACGCAAACGACGUUUGUGGGAAAAGAGAGACAGCAUAUAUGAGGAGCCUGAAACUGAUCACAUCUACGAGGGUUUGGCGAUUGAGACAUGUGGAGGAGGUCUGUAUGAGGAACUCUCUGUGUACGCCGAGGCUGAAGUAGCUGAGGCCCCGUGGGAGUAAGACAGCCACACAAUAACGUACAAGGUCCUGGUUUUAAAAGUACAUAUCAUGUGUUGUUAGGAGUCCUCAGUGGGCCCUGCUCAGAUGUGGAGAUCUGUCAUUUUCCUCUAGUACAGUGUUUGUUUAUAAACGUGCAACAUGUUACUUAUAAAAUGCUUGCUACAUACGCAGCCCGUUCUCCAGAAUAAAAUGUUGACAUUGUGCAUCUCUGAAAACCAUGUAUAUGUUACACUGCCACAUUUCAUACACAUUAGAUUAAUAUCUCUUAAGUGAUGUGGUCCAGAUUGCGUCUAUAUGAGAUAAGUGUCUCAUCUGGAGGAGGAGGGGAUGGCGGAUGGCAUGAGGCCUCCAUGAGACACCUCAGUGAGAAGGCUGUUCGAGACCAACAACAAAACUAAUUUUUUUACAACACAUUGGGACAUUUCUAGCUGUGUUGUUUGCAACAAAAUUGAGUAAUUUUAUCAUUGCAUCUUGACAUGACCAGCCGUCUUUGUCGUUUCCAGAUGUUUGUUGCACCAAAAUGGGGUAUUUUUAUUCAUGCAUUGGGACAUUUUCAUGCAUGUUUGAUGCACCAAAAACAGGUCAUUUUAAUGAGAUGUUUGAUGUAAAGAAAACAAAGUAUUUUUAACGGAAGGCAGAACAUUUCUAGCCAUGUUUGUUGCACCAAAAGUUGAUAUUUUUAUUGGUGCGUCGGGACAUUUUCAGCCGUGUUUGAUGCACCGACACCGGCUUUUUUUAAAACAUGUUUUUCUAACAUGUUUUACUAAGACGUUGUGACAUUUCCAGCCAUGUUUGUUGCACCAAAACCGGGUCUUUUUAAUUUGAAGUCAGGACAUUUCCAGCCAUGUUUGUUGCACCAAAACCGGGUCUUUUUAAUUUGAAGUCAGGACAUUUCUAGCCAUGUUUGUUGUACUAAAACCGGGUCUUUUUAACAAGACAUCGGGACAUUUUCAGCUGCGUUUGAUGCACCAACACCGGCUUUUUUUUUUAAACAUGUUUUUUUAACAUGUUUUACCAAGAUGUUGUGACAUUUCCAGCCAUGUUUGUUGCAUCAUUGCCAAGUAUUUUUAAUUUGAAGUCAGGACAUUUCCAGCCAUGUUUGUUGCACCAAAACCAGGUCUUUUUAAUUUGAAGUCAGGACAUUUCUAGCCAUGUUUGUUGCACUAAAACUAGGUCUUUUUAACAAGACAUCGGGACAUUUUCAGCUGUGUUUGAUGCACCAACACCGGCUUUUUUUUUAACAUGUUUUUUUUAACAUGUUUUACUAAGACGUUGUGACAUUUCCAGCCAUGUUUGUUGCACCAAAACCAGGUCUUUUUGACAAGACGUCGGGACAUUUCCAGCUGUGUUUGAUGCAUCGACGCCGGCUUUUUUUUAACAUGUUGGAACAUUUUCACCCAUGAUAUUUUCACAUCGAGGCAUGGAAUGGCAAUGGAGGCAUUUCCAUUUAUGUUUGUUGCCCUAUAACCAGGUAUUUUUUAAGACACGCUGGGACAUUUCAGCUGCGUUUGUUGCCCCAACAUUGAGUAAUUUGUACAUCACAUCUUGACAUUUUCAGCUGUGGUUGUUUCGCCAAAUCGGGGUAUUUUUACCAAGACGUUGUGACAUUUCCAGCCAUGUUUGUUGCACCAUUGCCAGGUAUUUUUAAUUUGAAGUCGGGACAUUUCCAGCCAUGUUUGUUGCACCAAAACUGGGUCUUUUUAACAAGACGUUGGGACAUUUCCAGCAGUGUUUGUUGCACCAAAUGUGGCUAUUUUUAUUGGUGCACUGGGACACUUUCAGCCAUGUUUGAUGCACCAACACCAGGUUUUUUUGACAAGUUGGAACAUUUUCAGCCAUGGUUGUUGCACAAAACCAGGUAUUUUUAACAAUGCGUCGAGGCAUUUCCAGUCAUGUUUGUCUCACCGUAACCAGGUAUUUUUGACGACACGUUGGGACAUUUUCAGCUGCGUUUGUUCCACCAACAAAACGGUACGUCGGGACAUUUCCAGCUGUGUUUGUUGUACCAAAAUUGAAUAAUUUCAACAUCACAUCUUGACAUUUUCAGCUGUGGUUGUUCACAAAAACCGCAAAUUUUUAAUAAGAUUUUUGUUUUUUUAGUAACAAUGCCAGGUAUUUUUAACGAUAUAUCCGGACAUUUCGAGCUAUGUUUGUGCACCAGAACUAGGUAUUUUUAACGACACCUAGUGAUACAUCCAACUGUCACAACACCAAGUAUCUUGAGCCUAAACAUUGUCCUCUCCUUACCCGUACCAAGUGGAUUUUGUGCUUAAACCUAGCAACACAUUAACCACAUGGUUGAAACAUACAGUUUUAACAUAUGUAACAUAGGCUUAAAAAGUAACGUGUCCUUGGUUGCAGAGAUGGUUCAUGCCAACAUUUCUUCUGGCGACAGGGUUGAUACGCGGCUGUUGAUUUUAUGCUAUUUAGUAACACUGGAGUGAAUUAAUCAGAUGUGAUUUGAAGUCCACUGAAGUGUAAAGGAACCGUUCUACAGUUCAGACUCAACAGCUGAGAUUUCAGCUGACAUUUUUGGUGCUUCAAGAGAAUUUUUUAAUAUAAAAAGUGUUGUGUAUGAUUUCAUAAUGACUUCUCUGAGUUUGAUGUCUGUUUUAUCUUAAUGUGUGCAUCAGACGCAGUGUUUGAUCCUGUUUGAUUAUAUUAAAUAUGUGUGUCUUUUUUAUGUAUCAGGAAUAAAAACAAACAUAUUUC